GUCUCCACAUAAUCUGAGUGUUUUUAGCUCCUAGGACCUAAGUGGUGAUGAAAGUCCACAGGGCUCAUGUGCUUGUACACAGGGAGUUACUGCACACAGCAGCAACGUCUGAGCACGAGUGGAAACGGAAAGUGGAUGGACGUGGAGCUGGGGGAGCUCAGACCCAGAUGCUGGUGUCAAGUGUUGGAGAGGACCGAGCCAUCCUGCUGGGUUUCACCAUGAUGGCCUUCUCUGUGCUCAUGUUCUUUGUGGUCGGCAUCACCACAGUCAAACCUUAUGUGAACAGUUCCUGGAAGAAGACCAGCUGUGUGCUGUGGAAGACCCUCAUCCUGGAUGAAUGGGUGGACUGCAAAGGUGUGAGCACAGUGCCCUGUCUCAAAGUGAAAGUUAACCUCAGUGACUCCAAUCAGGAAACCUUCCUUCAUUUUGACGAGGAGUCUGUUCUCCUUGGUUCUGAGUGUUUUUACCUACCAAAAUGCCAAAUGGACAGAGAAACUCUUAAAAAUGAAACACGGAAUGUACAAAACAGCUUGGAGAGUAAGCUGGGGAUCACCCUGUCCUGCUUCAGCAACAAGACAACGUACCCCAACCACGCCAUCUACACCAUGAAGUACACUUUCAGAAGAGCCCUGUUUGGGCUGCUGUGGCCAUGUCUGAUGUUGGCUGGUGGAGCUCUGCUGGUGGGGCUUGUGAAGCUAACACAGUGCUUAGCUCAUGUGUCUUCUGAAAUAAGCAGUGAGACAGCAGGAGGAAGGCAGAUGACUUCAAGACACACUCAGGGCAAACUGUAUAGGCUCCUGCAGAGAUCCAGUAUGCCCAGUAUGCAGUCUCCUUCAUGACAUAUUCAGUGUUUAUGCUGAAAUAUGCCAUGAUCACAUAGCAAUUUAUAGUCCAUAUAAAUGCCACAGUUUGAGAAGAGUCUAAAACUAGCAGUUUCAUUGGUGAUGGUGAGGGUGCCAGGAUUGGGUAUAAAAGGCAACUCUACCAAUUUCUCGGUCUUUCCAAGCAAAUAUGAAUUGCUGUUCACAACUGUGUUCCAAAUUCAGUCAGAGAAUCAUAUAUAAAGGGCCAACGGGUUUUUCAAUCAGGUCAUAGUCCCCCAUUAUAUAGAUGCAACAACUUCUUCUUGUCCUUUGUCUUCUUCUUCUUGUUUUCUUGGCAGUUGGUGCAGGUAAAAAUUAGGGCUGGGCACGUUAAUUGCACAUUAACACAAUGAUUAAUUAAUGCCAUUCAUUUCUUUAAUCGCGCAUUGUUUUUUUGUUUUUUUGUUUUUGUUUUUUUUUUGUUGUUGUUGUUGCUGACCGCUGGCUGUUAUCACAGAAACAUGGCGUCCAUGUCUCCCUUCCCUGCUGCAACG